AUGGAUCAUAAUUCAAAGCAAUUUUGUCCAGGAAGCCAUGUAAUGAUUUAUCUCCUUGUAGCUAUAGCUGUGUACGUUUUCGUAUGGUUCUCAAGCCCCUUUUUCGGGAAUUAUAAUGAAACCAACUCUUCACCCUCUAAUUUCCCUGGCAUUGGAGUAAAAGAUGAGCUUGAGUUAGCGUUAAGGGAAGCUUCAAUGCCGAACCGGACGGUCAUCAUUGCGGUGAUCAACAAAGCUUAUGUUGAAAGAAGUGUUAAUGAAGAGGCGACGAUGCUCGAUCUUUUCUUGGAAAGCUUUUGGGUAGGAGAAAAUACUAGGUCAUUACUCGAACAUUUGCUGCUCGUCGCCGUCGAUCAAACGGCUUACGAACGAUGUCAGUUUCGGCGGUUGCACUGUUACAGAUUGGUGACGGAAGGUGUGGAUUUUGCGGGAGAAAAGGUUUACAUGUCACAGGACUUUAUUAAUAUGAUGUGGAGACGAACUCUUUUUCUUUUGGAGAUCCUCAAGCGUGGCUAUAACUUCAUAUUUACGGACAUAGACGUAAUGUGGUUUAGGAAUCCAUUUCUACGACUGAGUCCUCUCAAAGAGGCUGAUCUAGAAAUCAGCGUCGAUACAUUCAACGACGACCCCCGACCGGAAAACAAAUAUAUCAACACAGGUUUCUAUUACAUAAGAUCCAACAGCAAAACCAUCUCGUUGUUCCACACAUGGUAUUCUCAGAAGAAUAACUCGACAGGAAAGAAAGAACAGGAUGUAUUGCAAGACCUAAACCGUGGUGGGCUGUUGCAGAAACUGGAUCUCAAAGUAAAGUUCUUGGAAACUAGGUAUUUUAGUGGCUUCUGUCAAGACAGUAAAGACAUCACGGCCGUAACCACCAUGCAUGCCAACUGUUGUCGUAAUUCAAAGGCAAAGUUCAGAGAUUUAACGACGGCGCUACGUGAUUGGAAACAGUUUAAAGCCGCCGUCUUUCAACAUCCUGAGAUUAUUGACAGGAUUGGUUUGGAUUUUAAAUGGACAGCACACACUGAAUGCUUGAAUUCUUGGCAAUGA